AGCUGAUAAAGCUGCUAACACAGUUAUUAGAUUAAUUGGACCUAUAUUUAUUGUCUUGGCUGUUUUGUUAAUAGGACUUGCAGUUCUAGUUUACUUUACCGUGAUCUUUCCAUAUUUUUAUAAAUGGGAAGAGGAUUACCUAUCAUCAAAAAUACUUUAUUGUUUAGGUUUAGCGUUUAGCGUUUACAUGGUGAUAUGUAUAGCUUUUCAUUAUUGUAUGGCUGUUAGAACGAAACCUGGUGGUGUCUCGAAUGCCAGCAUCGAAACAAUGGAAGGAGAUGAUCCAAUAUUACAAGGGGUAUUUCUUGAAUUAGAGGAAUACCAAGAAUUUCCAAAAACUUGUAAAAAAUGCCAUCUUCCUAAACCAGAGAGAGCGCAUCACUGUUCAGUCUGUAAAAAAUGCGUUUUAAGAUUUGACCAUCAUUGUCCCUGGAUAGCAAAUUGUGUUGGAUUCUUUAAUCAUAGAUACUUUCUUUUAUUUAUGACUUAUUUGGUGAUUGGAUGUUUUUAUUUUGUUAUCGUUGGUUGGAAACCAUUCUUACAAAGUUUAGAUAUUGACAAUGAGUGGGAAUGGUGGACACCUCGUCCUUACAUGGCUUUGACUUACUUAUUAGCAACUGGAAUCGGGUUGGCAGUAGGCAUGUGUUCAUGGCAUUAUUAUUUAGUAAGUGGUCAAUUGAUCAAUUGA